CUGAGUUUUCCUUCGCUUAUUCUCUUGGCAGCUUCCUCAGUUUAGCUACAAGCUACAGGAAUUUUCUUAAUGGCAGACAUUGCAAUGCUAAUUCUUGAGAUCAUAAAGUGCAUACCAAUUCCAACAUGCCGUUGUGUAGAUUAUCAUAGAAAAUUCAAACAAGAUGUGGAGGAUCUCAAAAGCAAAUUGAGAGACCUAAAUAGCAAAAAAAAGGAUGUAGAAACACAACUACAAGCAGAGGUUUGCUCGCAAAAACAAGUCAAGCAACAAGUGGAGGACUGGCUUCAAGAUGCGCAGAGGAUCAAUGUUGAAAUUCAACAGGUGGAGCAAAGGGUGGACAAUGCUUCAUUUCUCUCACAAGCUCGUCUUGGAAAACUUGUUCGUGAAAAAAUUAAUGUUGUGGAUGUAAUUCUUCAACGAGGCAGUUUUCCUGAAGGGCUGGUAGUUGAUAAGCCUGCAACUGCUUUGCCUUUACCAGUAGAGAAUCUCAAAGGUGAGGUUUGUGUGAAGAAAAAGAUAUGGGGAUACUUGACAGGCAACGAGGUCCCAAUGAUUGGAGUUUGUGGAAUCGGGGGUGUUGGGAAGACCACCAUUAUGAAACACAUCCAUAAUGAAUUACUAUUGAUGGAGUCCAGAUUUGAUAAUGUGAUCUGGGUCACCGUCUCAUAUCCACUCAAUGUUGUUAGAUUACAAUAUGAAAUUGCUAAGGGAAUGAAUGAAAGCCUCCCAAAGAAUGAGGAUGAGCAAAGGCGGGCUUCAAGAUUGAUGCAGAUAAUGGGAAGAGUGAAAUAUGUGUUGAUAUUAGAUGAUGUGUGGCAGAGGUUUACUCUCAAAGAUGUUGGCAUCCCGAGUCCCACAAUGGAAAAUGGUUGCAAACUAGUUAUUACUAGUAGAAAGGUGGAUGUAUGCAAGUCCCUUGGUUGUGAAAUAGUUAAAGUGUCUCCACUUUCAAAGGAAGAGUCUUUGAGUUUGUUCUUAGAUAACGUGGGAAGUGACAUUCUACAAGUUCCAAAAUUGGAAAAAAUUUGGAAGGCCAUGGUGAAGGAGUGUGCUGGACUACCCUUGGCUAUUGUUGUAAUAGCUGGGAGCAUGAAAGGAGUAACUGAUGUCUAUGAGUGGAGGCAUGCUUUAAAUGAAUUACGUGAAUGUGUAAAAGCUACAGCCGAAGGUUCAGAAGAUGAGAUAUUUGAGCGAUUGAAGUUCAGCUAUGAUCGUUUGCAAGAAUCAAAUAUCCAAAAUUGUUUCUUAUCUUGCUCACUAUAUGCUAAAGACUAUCAAAUUAGAAAAGAUGAUCUGGUCGAACAAUGGAUUGAUGAGGGACUUAUUGAAGAAUCAGGGAGUAGACGAGCAAUGCUUGAUAAAGGGCGAACCAUAUUAAACAGGCUUGAAAAUAGUUGUUUGUUAGAGAAAGCUUAUUAUUAUGAGGACAGUAUUAAAAUGCAUGAUGUUGUGAGAGAUAUGGCAUUGCGCAUCGCUCAUCAAGUUAUGGUGAAAGCUCGUAUGGGAUUGACAAAGAUACCAGAUGAGCAUAAAUGGACUGAAAAUCUUGAAAAGGUUUCCUUGAUGCAAAAUGAAAUUUCAGAUAUUCCUCUAAACAUGUGCCCAUAUUGUCCUAAUCUCACAACCUUGAUGUUGCAAGGGAAUAGCAAAUUGACCCAAAUUCCAGAUCACUUUUUUGCAAACAUGCAAGGGAUUAAGUGUCUAAAUCUUUCUAGAACUAGCAUUGAAAGUCUACCUAAUUCCAUCUCUAAUUUGGAGAAUCUUACUACAUUGGUCUUGCAACAUUGUAGGCAAUUAAAACAUGUGCCUUGCUUAGCAAAGCUCAAGGCACUGAAGAAGUUGGAUAUGUUUAAGGCAGGAAUGGAGGUGGUCCCUGAAGGCAUUGAUAUGCUUAUAAAUCUCCAGUAUCUUGAUUUAUGGUGUCCAGAAUUGGUGGAACUAUCAACACAAAUGCUUAGUAACCUCUCUCACCUCCAACACAUGGCAGUAUAUUCCAAAUGGACUACUUUAAGGAUAAAAGGAGAAGAAGUAAGAGGAUUGAAGAAGUUGGAGACUUUUCAAGCUCAAUUGUAUGACCUACAAGACUUGAACAAUUAUGUCAAGUCUAGCCAUUUUAAUAGAUUGAGUAGUUACAGCCUUGUGGUUGGACAAGUAGAGAAUGGCUUUCAUCUUAAUCUUUUUUCGUCUAAAGUAAUAAGUUUAGGAGAAUGUGAGAUAGGUGGACAAGAUGGUGUGGUGCUUCCAAAUGACGUGCAGGAAUUGUGGAUUUAUAGGUGUAGAAAAUUUAGAAGCUUAAGUGAUAUUUGUUCUCUCCAAGAUACAACUAAGUUGAGAAUCUGUUUGGUUCUUGAGUGUGAAGAGAUAGAGUGUGUGGUUGACAUGGUUACAUCAUCAUCAUCUUUCAUUAAUAACUUUGAAGGGCUAGUGCCUGAUAAGUUGCCUAACUUGAGUGUUGUCGCGGACGUGGAAGGAGUAAAAGCAACACCGCCUCACAUCUUCUCCAAUCUUAAAAUCUUUUGGAUGAGGGGAUGUUCUAGAAUGAAAAGGCUGUUUCCAUUUGAGCUGCUACAAGGCCUCCAAAACUUGGAGUCUAUUUUAGUUUGGGAUUGUCAACAAAUGGAGGAAAUAAUAGGAUGGGAAGGAGAAGAGGAAAAUCACACAGCUGAUGCAACUACUACUACUACAUUCACUCUUUCAAAAUUAAAAGAAUUGAAUUUGUGGAAUUUACCAGAAUUGAAGAAAAUUUGCUCCACAAGAGGAGUAAUGGUUUGUGAUUGUCUCCAAGGAUUACAAAUAAAAGAAUGUCCAAAGUUAAGGAAGAUUUCCUUGGUAGGGAAUGUGCCGCCAUCUCCUCCUGCUGCUUUAAAAAGAAUCUGGAUAAAGCAAGAAUUGUGGGAAUCACUGGAGUGGGAUGAUCCCAAUGCCAAAAAUGUCCUUCAACCCUUCGUGGACGUCCUUUGAGGACCGCAAAUGGAACACUUUGCAUCAAAUCAAAUGGCUGAGAUCCA